AUGACAGGCUGGAAUUCAACCUCAGUACAAACUUUCACCACACCCCAGAGACCACUGAAGAGUUCAGUUUGGAAGCUCUGUUCUCCUGGAACUUGGGUUAUCUGGAAAACUUGCUUCUGUGGUGGCAACUUCUGUGCAAGCACUUAUCACAAAAUUAUGGAGCCUGAGAGACAGAAUUUGAAGACAACAUUGCCACUGUGUUUAGGAAGAUACCACAUUUCUGAAGAAUAUGGCUUUCUUCUCCCAAAUCCGCUGAAAGAACUUCCUGAUUAUUACCAGCCCUGGAUGGAAAUUGCCACCAAGCUUCCUCACUUGAUUGAGAGUCACCAGCUCCGUGCUCGUGUGAACAGGAUGCCGCUGCUGAGCUGCCGCCUGCUGCGCGGCCACCGCCCGCGGCGCCUGGCGCACCUGCUGCUCAGCGCGCUGGCCGCCGGCUUCGUGUGGCAGGAGGGAGAGCGGCAACCAAUGCAGGUACUGCCCAGAAAUCUUGCCAUUCCGCUUGUGGAAGUCUCCAGGACCCUGGGGUUCCCACCUAUCUUGGUUCACGCUGACUUGGUGUUGACAAACUGGACUAAAAAAGACCCAGAAGGCCCUCUGGAAAUCAGUAACCUGGAGACCAUCGUGUCACUUCCUGGGGGAGAGAGCCUGCGUGGCUUCGUGCUGGUGACAGUUCUGGUGGAAAAAGCCGCUGUGCCUGGGAUUAAGGCUCUUACUCAAGUGAUCAGUGCCAUCCAGCAGCCCGAUGAUGACGCCCUGCUCGAGGCCCUGCAGCGCCUGAGACUCUCAAUCCAAGACAUCACCAGGACCUUGGGACAAAUGCACGAUUAUGUAGACCCAGACAUAUUUUAUGCAGUCAUCCGGAUCUUUCUCUCUGGAUGGAAGGACAACCCAGCGAUGCCCGUGGGCCUGGUGUACGAAGGAGUCUCCGCAGAGCCCCUGGGGUACUCAGGAGGGAGCGCGGCUCAGAGCUCAGUGCUCCACGCCUUCGACGAACUCCUAGGCGUGCGUCACAGCAAGGAAAGCGCUGACUUUCUGUGCAGAAUGAGGGACUACAUGCCCCCCUCACAUAAGGCCUUCAUAGAAGAAAUCCACGCAGCCCCUUCACUGAGGGACUAUGUCCUGUCCCCCGGCCAUGCCCGCUGUCUGGAAGCUUAUAAUCUGUGCCUGGAGGCCCUGGUGGAGCUGCGUAGCUACCACAUCACCAUGGUGACCAAAUACCUCAUCACGGCUCCAGCCAAAGCCAGGAGCAAGGGGACAAGCCAUCUCCCAGGACCUCCCAGAGCUCUAGAAAACAGAGGCACCGGUGGGUCAGCAGUCCUGAGCUUCCUGAAGAGUGUCAGGGAUCAGACUCAGGAAGCCAGGCUAUGUCUCCAGGACCAGGGGGCCACCCUCUCCCCAGCAAGGCGGAACCCUGAGCAGGGGUUAGGUGGGCUGGAGAGUGAGGGUCUGGGCUCUGCUCUGUAGAGCACCAUGCGUUCCUUUGCUGAGAGCCACUGCCCUGGACAGGGUUUGUGUAGCUGUAACUAUUCCUGCCCUGGCUCCUCACUGCCCAGCAGCCAGCAGCUGUGGACACUGCCCUAUUUUGAAUCCUACAGAGUAGCUGUGCCAGGUUAGAGAAAACCAAUCUAAAUUUUGAAACCCCCAACAGAUUUCCCAUAAACAGAUUAUCUUGUUGACAGUAUUUUCAAAGGGCAAAUUCACUUUAGUGAGUUGCUCAAGGAUUAGAGCAGGGUUUCCUUUGACUCCAGGGCAGCCUUCCCUCCCUGCAAGCUGUGAAUUUAGUGGCAGGAGGGUGGGAAUCACCCAUGGAGAUGUGUGGGUGGAGAAUGUGGACAGUCAAAACUUGGAAGUCACAGUGGGAAAAUGAAUAGUUAACGAUAUGAGGACCAGAUAUACUUUUCCACGUGUUACAUUGUUUUGCAGAUUCUAUUUUAAUUCUUUAUUGACUUCUUUAAUUCUUUAUUUUUAGAAGAAUGUUUUAUUCUCCAUACACUGCAAGUUUGUACUUAUAAAAUAACUUAACUGACCCCUGGAAAGUGAAUGUGCCAAGUAGGAUUAUAUAGUAAAUUCACGUUUAAGUGUGCAAAUAAAUGUAAUGGUUUUUAUCA